AUGUGCGACGUGGUCGGCGUCAGCUUCACCGUCGGUCCGGCUUGCCGCGAGUUCGCCGUCUACGACCGGGCGCAUCCGCGCGGCGGCGGUCGUCUUCGACCAGGCGGCCGACUGGGCCUGGCGCGAUUGACGCUGCUGGACCUGGGCGGCGGGUUCGCCGGCGACGCGGCCAGACCCCGGCCGCUACAUGGGGCUUCGGCCUUCACGCUGGCCACGCAGGUGACGUCGGUGCGACGCCGGUCGGACGCCGUCGACUACUACGUCAACGACGGCGUGUACGGCGCCUUCAACUGCGUCCUGUACGACCACCAAGUGUGCCGUCCGCGCCCGCUGCAGGAUGACGCGCCGCCGUCAGGUCCGCCGGCCACGAUCUGGGGCCCCACCUGCGACUCAAUGGACCAACUCUGCGAGGGCCAGCUGCUGCCGCCGCUCCAGCCCGGCCACUGGCUCGUCUGGGACAACAUGGGUGCCUACACCCUGUCGGCCGCCGGCACAUUCAACGGCUUCCCGCGCGCCAGCGUCUGUUGCGUCAUCACGGCACCGCUCAGUGAGGCGGUCCGUGCGGCCGUCGGUCCGCUCUCGCCGAUGCCGGAGCCCGCCAUCCAGCCGACCCAGCUGCCGGCCGAGCAGUGUGUGGCCGAGAACUGA